AUGCUGCGGACGAAAGCCAAUUUUCAGCAGCAUAAACUUGGUGGUGAGCGUCUUAUUGAGACCUUGCUCAUGUUCAAUCAGACGGGGGAGAGUUGUGAGUCGCGCUCGGUCUUAUUGAGACCUUGCUCAUGUUCAAUGAGACGGGGGAGAGUUUGCAUCUACGGGUGUUACGUCCAUUCUGCGAUCCUGCCAACAUUCCAUCGCAGAUGCUACUGGCUCCUACAGAAUCCGGACAUAGUUCUCGUUCACUACUUGAACGUGCCAUACCCGGACGACAACAAGCUGGCAACGGUAGCACCCAGCUUGGCUUUAUGGGCGGACAAGAAGGAGUGGACGAAAGAUGAAUUAGUGAGUCAGCUAAAGCCAAUGUUUUUCAGCGAAGAUGAGCCAGAUCUAAACAGCGAAUUGGAAAUUACAGGCAAAAUGUUUCAGACUACAGAGACUGUUGAGGCCAUAGUCGGGCAACUGAUGGAAAAACAGCGGGCAGCUAGGGCCGCAGCAUUGGCUAGACAAUUGGAAUGCGGCUGUCCCGAUUCCACGUGCCAAGAUUCAAGAACUUGCGCUCAUCCCUUGCGUCGCAUACAAGCAGCAAAACCACCACCUUCGGACCAUCACGUCUCUUCUACUACUGGUCCAUCACCGCGACCCUUACAGCCACCGCGUCAAUAUACACGAGAUCACAGGACAACGACACAAUCGGCUUCACCAUUGCUGUUAUCAUUAGGACAGAUUCAAGGAGGCGGUGGCUUGCUAAUUUUGAACGGUGCCGGGAGCAGCACUCAACAACAUUCAUCUCUCGUAUCCCCUUUGUCAGUUACGUCAUUUGUUUGUGAAGAGCCCAGAGACAGAUAUCGUCAUCAAUACAAACCGACAUUUGUUUUGAAAAGGGAACUGCCAGACAGCCAACCCACAUGUAUUCACAAUUCCGAUACCACUUUUAAAGUGGAAAAUCAAGUCGAGGAGAAAGUCAAUGUAGAGAAUUUUGAAAGGAAAAUAAAGAUUGAACCACGAAGCAGGAAUCAAGUGAUUGCUAGUGCUCCGGCAACACCGUCGCGAUAUCCUGAUCUUGUAGAGCGUUUAGAAAGUAAAGUGUUAACAGAUAACUGUGAGGAAACUUUAGUUUUGUUGGGUACAGAUGGAAAUUUAGGACAUUCAAGCGGAUUUUUCGAUGAAACAUUAGAGCUGUCACAUGAAGAUAUACAGAAAACAUUAUCAGCCAAUAUGCCAACAUGUGAAUUAGAUAGAAGCGGAACAAGAUCGUCAGACACUGCAAACGUAAUGGUUUCGGGUAUAGAUACAAUGGAUUUUAUAGAAAGCUGUGAAGCUGUAGCAUCUCCAACACAAGUAGUAGAUGACAAUGUUUUUGUAAAUUUGGACGCUUUCGAUAUGUUGGGAGACUUUCCUGAAUUGGAAGUACUAGAUCCAAGUUCCAUAUCGACUAAUCCUGUGCCCUCGUCUGGGAAAUCACCACCAACUGAUGACGGAAACGAAAAAAUGCAAACAGAUUGCGCCAGUGAAGGCGCAUUGAGUAUCACUGAUUACUCACCAGAGUGGGCUUAUCCUGAAGGAGGAGUGAAGGUUUUGGUUGCAGGUCCAUGGACUGAUACGUCAGAUCAAUACACCGUCCUCUUUGACAAUUUUCCUGUACCAUCGAUACUUGUUCAGAACGGUCUAUUACGGUGUUACUGUCCAGCUCACGAAGCCGGCCUCGCGGCUUUACAAGUUGCCCGUGGUGGACGAGUUGUCUCAGAUACGGUUGUUUUCGAGUACAAAGCGGGCCCCACCCCAGCACCCUCAUCCCCUGCGUCCGCCCCUCUGCCAUCGCUGGACUUUCGUCGGUUCUCGCUUUUGCAACGAUUACAACGACUACACGGCCGAUUGCAAGUAAAGACGGAGCCUAUGGAUGAUAAUAAUCAGGUUGAGGAUGUCCACCUCUAUUCGAAUCCGAAAUUCGAAGAGCGGCUGGUAACGUUUUGCGUGUCGCUUAGUUCCCGCUCUAUGGGCAACGCCGAAGGCUUUACAACGGAACCAGGGGAAGACACCUCGACGAUCCUUCAUUUGGCUGCCGCUUUAGGGUAUACAAAGCUGACGACGGUGCUACUGCGUUGGAGGCAGGAUGACAACAGCCUGGCUUUGGAGAAAGAAGUGAACCUAGGGGCGAGGGACAGCGAUAACUGCACCCCUUUGAUGGUGGCGAGUGCCGCCGGCCACGUGGAGACCGCGGUGGUGCUCGCCCGGUGGGGCGCCGGCACGCGUCAGGAGGCGGGCGGGCGCGCCGCAGCCGCAGCCGCCCGUCGCGCGGGCCACACGCGCUUGGCCGCCCUUCUCGACCGCAUCCACCCUCCGAGCGGUGACGCUGUGUUCCGCAGACCGCUAAGCUUGUCACAAAAAGGUCGUGUGGGUAGUUUGGAAAGCAAUUUAGUAAAGAGACCUUCCAUCGACAGCGGCAUCAACAUGGCGGACGCGUUUAGAUCGAGCUCAGCUAUAGACAAAGGAGAUGUCAAUUUAUCAGCUAGAUGGGAGCGAAGCAUGUCGUUGCCUUUAGAUUCGGAUACAUCUGAAGACAGCCUUGGCGACUCGAAAGUGGGCAGGCGAAUGGACUUGGCCCUUUGCGAGACGGCGCCGCGGCGGGCAACGAGCCCGCUCAUUGACGUGGAGGCGCUGUCCACCGCCUCCUCGCCCGCCGCCUCCCCACCACCGCCCUCCACAGCAGGGGAGCAGGAUGACCGAGUGUUCACUCUGGCAGAGCAGAUAAUAGCCGCUAUGCCAGACAGAAUAAAGAACGAAAGUUCGUCGCUUAUGUCGGGCUGCGGAUUAGAAAGCGGAUCAGCCGGCAGCGAAGAUGUGUUGAUGGUACCACUGUUAGACGACACCACCACUUUUAACGCCGAGUUUAGUUUUGAGUUUUCCGAUAAUACAUACAGAUAUUGCGGCGGAUCAACGCCAUGUUCAUCGGGUUCCGUGUCACCUGGUUCGGCUUUAUCGCCGCCACCGCCUUCCCCCCGAGCCCCCUUGCCACACGGCACACCAUCUGCAACACUCCAAGAGUUUCUGAACGCUACCACGCAUUUCUCAAGCUUGACUCUGAACGAUCGGGAGCAGCGAGAAUUGUACUCGGCGGCCAUAACAAUACAGAAGGCAUACCGCCAAUAUCGUGGGCGUCAGCUGCAAAGACGCGCUGCAGCCGCGGCCAUUACAAUUCAAAACUGUUACCGCCGCUACAAGCAGUUUGCCUACUUGAAGCAGAUGCACGCCGCAGCUACUGUGAUCCAGCGUGGUUAUCGUACGCACCGCGAGCGUUGCCUAGCCGCCACACCCGUCAAGAGAACAUAUUCCCAACGGCGCCAGAAUCAAGCAGCAAGGAAAAUUCAGCAGUUUAUGCGACAAUCUAAGAUCAACACAUGGGAGGAAAUAUCUACGAGUAGCGCUCGAGCAGAAAACGUGAAGGUGGCCCGGCUGCACCAGGAUGCCCACCUAAGCUCGUCGCAGCGCACCACCAGUACUCCACCCACGCCCAAUAGGAUCGUAGAUUACUUAGCACCGGAAUCACCGAUGGACGCCGACGAUGAUCUCCUACUGGAACUCUUAUUUAACACA